GAAUACUGUGUGCGUUGUGUGUUAUGCGCGGGCGGUAUGUCACAGCUGCAUGUCGGCGAAUGGAAGCGGAAGCGGGAGGUAUGUUGAACCAGGGCGGUUGUUUCGAGUGAUAUUCAGAUGCCGGAGUAGCGGCGCGUGAAGACUGAGUGCGAGCGCGAGGCAUGGACGAGUCGGAACCCGCAGAGGACAGCCUGCUCUCGAGCCUUCGGUGGAACCGGAGCGCCCGGGACCAGGCUCAGCUCAAACACAAAAUUCGGGAUUUGCCGGGGCUCCUGAAGCACGGCUUGCACCUGCGAAAGAAAAGCCAGUCCCCUGAUACGAUACCUGGACCAAGCCCUGGACCUACUGUCCAUAAGUCAUGCUCCCAAAGCUUCCCCUGCGCUGGACGUUCUGUGAGGAAUGCCUUCCUCUCGCAUGGACCCUACCCAGCCAAGGACAAGAUCCACCUGGCCCGCAUCAUACGGCGCAGUUAUGUGGGCGUGGAGCUGGUGCAGUGGCUGUGUGAGCAGUGUGGGUAUGUGCGCUGUCGGCCCACCGCCGCGCGCGUCUGGCAGGUUCUGCUGGAGCUGGGGGUCCUGCUGUCUGUGGACCAGCGGGUGAUCUUUGCCGACUCCAACUCCUACUACCAAUUCAGCUUCGAGGAGUGCGAGUCAGCAUCUUGCGAGUUUCGCUCUAACGAGGGGGAGUGGUCAGAGGCUGUGAGGCUCCUCCUCACACUUGCGCCAUAUGUCCAAUUCCGCUCUGGGGGCGGAGCUAACAGCCCGUCGGAGGAGGACUCUGAGGGCAACAGGGACAUCUGUGGUGAGAUGCUCCAGAUGAGGGCCUUGGAGAGGCUGACCUCCACGGUACAAAAUGAGCUAGCAGCCGCCUUAGCCCGCAAGACUCGCAAAGCCUUGUCAGAGCAGGACUCUGAGACAAGAGAGGCAGCACAGCCCCCGCAACCUCGCACGCCCACUGAGGAGAGCAGCCCGCUGGCCGGCGUGUGCGCACUCCGAGACGGCGGCGGCGGAGGUGGAGGUGGAGGUGGAGGAGGUGGUGGAGGCAGAGAGGAGUUGACUAGCCGGCUGGGGCUGGAGGCCGUGCAGCGGCUAGCCAAGGACGGCUGUCGCCUCCUGCAGAACCACAACUACCGUCUGCCGGAGAGGAACCCCGCGGAGGCGGUGGGGAGGGUGUGUCUGAAGGAGAGGGGGCGGGACGUCCUGGUGCUGCAGAGGGUAUCGUCAACGGUUACGUCCCCGUCUGACCGCCCCUCUCCCACCUCUUCAGGGGGCGGGGCCAGGGAGGAGGACGGUGACAGGAGGUAUGUAGUGGUGUCCGGGACGCCCCUGAAGAUCCUGGAGCACCUGCUGAGCGACCUGCGGCUGGAUGAGGAGCGAGGAGCGCCCGAGAGCCGGGACAGCGAGGUGCUGCUGGAUGACUUCCUGCUGACGUACCUGGUCUUCAUGUCCACCAGCGACCUCUGCCAGGCGCUGCUUGGCCACUACAGCAGUGUGCGCUGCAGGGGUCAGGAGGAAGGGAAGGACGCCCUCUUCAGGAAGCGCAAGGUACUGCAGCUGGUGUCUCACUGGAGCCGGCUAAACAAGGACUUCCUCCGGGACGAGGAGCAUGUCAAGGGUUUCAUGAAGACUCUGUACAGGUGUGUGUUAGAGGACCUCUAUGAGUUCCCUACUCUGGAGAAAGACCUGAAGGAGUUUCAGAAGCUGCUGCGCCGCAGACACACGGUGGAUGACUGCCCUCCAUCUCAGAAGACUAAGGCUCUACACCAGCAGUUGAGUUUGAAGGAGAACUGUGUGCAGCUCAGAAGCCCAAAGAGUGAACACAGAGAAGUCAUUUGUCACGUGCACGUGAGCGUGGACUCGUACCUGAGCGUGCACACCCACCGCAUGCUGGAGGCUAACGAGCUGCUCAGGAUUGUGGGAUCCAAGCUGGACCGGUCCGAGGAGGAGAUGGUGCUGGCGGUGGUCUCGCACACUGGAGAGCGUCGUCUGCUGCAGCCCAGUGACUGCGUGUAUUCAGAGUCUCUCACCCCUCAAGGCAGACUGGCAGUCUGUCGCAAGGACCUCACUGAAGUCCUGCCCGCUCUCACAGACAGUGCUGAGCUGGGCAGGAGGGCGGUGCGUCUCCUGGGGAUCAACACCUGGGACGUGGCGGCAGCUCUCACGCACCUGGACUGGAGCCUGUUCAACUCCAUCCAUGAGCAGGAGCUGGUGUACUACACCCUGAGCCGCCCUCCCCGCAGCGGCCACACGGCGGCGCUGUCGGUCCUGCUGCAGCGCUGCAACGAGGUGCAGCAGUGGGUGAUGUCCGAGGUGCUCAUGUGCGUGUCGCUCAGCAAGCGCGUGCAGCUGCUGAAGAAGUUCAUCAAGAUCGCAGCACACUGUAAAGCCCAGAGGAACUUGAACUCCGCCUUCGCCAUCAUAAUGGGACUGAACACGGCCUCUGUCAGCCGGCUCAACCAGACCUGGGAGAAAUGUCCAGGGAAGUUUAAGAAGCUGUUCUCUGAGCUGGAGCUCAUAACGGACCCCUCCCUCAACCACAAAGCCUACAGAGAAGCCUUCAAGAGAAUGAAGCCCCCAAAGAUCCCCUUCAUGCCCCUCUUGUUGAAAGAUAUUACCUUUAUCCACGAGGGAAACAAGACAUUUCAUGACAACCUUGUCAACUUUGAGAAGCUGCACAUGAUAGCCGACACGGUGCGUCUCAUUCGCCACUGCCAAAGUGACCAACCAGGGAACGAGGUAACCGGGGGCGACAGUGCGGAGUUGCGAGCGUGCGUCCACUGCCUGCACAUCAUUGACAAUCAGCAGACUCUCUUUGAGCUCUCACACAAGCUGGAGCCACGCGCCUGAACAGAGACGCACUAUCAAAGCACACGCACACACACACACACACACACACACACACACACACACACACACACACACACACACACACACACACACACACACAGUAAACAAACACGCCCACCGAUACACACUAUUCUUUUGGACCCGUUUGACUGACGCACGGGUCCAGCCCCGCGGGUCCCGGGGUUGGAGGGGGUCCCGGGGUUGGAGGGGGUCCCGAAGGUGCCAUAAGGCGCUCCAGCCCGACCUUUGCCCUGCAUUGGCUCUCAGCUAGAACCCUCCCCCUCGGGGUACACUUCAUAACAGAGGGACCCCCCCCGCUCCAGGCACCGCCCUAUGAACCCACACCCAGCCCGGAGCCCUGCUGGGGGGGGAAGGACCGGGGGGAGGAGCAGGCGGCUGUUGUAACUUGUUUGUACGAUAUCUGUUUGACUGAAUCUUUGUGCUGAUUGGUGCCGUGGAAAAGAGCGGUGGGUAUUCAUGAGGCUGGUCCACUGGUGGGAUGGUUCCUUAAGGAUGUGUUUUGUAUGUCUCAUGGCUCUCUCGGAAGCCUCUCUGAGCACCUGAAGAGGCUUGAAUCAUUGCAGAUUGUAAAGAGCAGGAUUGGUCCUAAAGCACCAUUUUUAGUUGUUUUCUUCUGCCUGACUGAUAUUCUAUCACAUCCUCUCUUCUUUUGAGGCUGGAUACGUACAUAAAACCAUGUCCAUAUUACAAUGAAAACACCUGUCUUGUUGUGUAUGUAUUUUUGUAUUGAUUGAUUUCGCGCUCUUUUUGUUUGAUGCUUGUUUGGUAGUACAACAGCGUCAGCGGCCAGGAGCAGAAGAAAACAUUAAUGUAAAGGCUUGUAAAUGGAGCAAUUGUGUCACGCUUCCGUCCGCCUGUUUUUAAAGUUUUGAGAACGAGAUAAAGAACCGAGUGCUUUACGUGCCGCGGUCCAGCCGUGGACGUUUAUAUUUUUUUUCUAUCAAUUAACUUUCUUCGUCAACUGAUCUAUUUAAAACAAAAACAAAGUGACUGAUCCUGUUUGACUUUGUAUUUUACUAGCUCUACGUGUCUCUGUGCCAAAAGUCCACCUUGACGUGGGGUAGAAUAUGCAGUAUGGUUAUAAUUGUGCAACAAAUCACAGCGGCAAAGCUCCUUGGCUCGUACGGAGAUCUCUGCCUUUAUGGUCUUAUUUAUUAUUAUUUGUCUUCCGUUUUUUUCUUAUUCUCCAUUGAAUCCUUCCUGUAGUAAUGUGCAGCCCUAUGGCGAAGUGGACCGGUGCGCUCCUGAGUUCACACGCUCAACGCUUCACACAACGCCCUCAUGACUGAUGUCACUUCAUGUCGGAUGCUUGGUACCCCAUUAUUCUCCUGUGGUUGCUACGGAUACACAGGGCCCACCCACCAUUGUGCUUUAUUUCUCUUCCUUUCGCUAUCUUUUAUUUAAAUGCUCAAUAGGUGUUGUGUUUAUGAUCCAAGCCAAAGCUGAGGUUUCUUUGCUGGACCGGUCGAACUUGGUAUACUAAACGGAUAGUGAAAUCGUAAUUGUUAAACUGAUUAGUAAGCAGUUUAUAACAUUGCUGAAUUACUGACUGAAAAAAAUAUGUGUUUUGUUCACAAAUAUUUCUGUGUACAUGUGUAAAUGAUGCAGAAAACAAAUAUUGUGUUUUGACUGAAUAACACUCGCACUCUACGGUUUAUGUGUGUAACUGUGAUGUCAGUCUGCAUUGCAUCCUCAUCAUUAGGUCUUUUAGUUUCCCGAGGCACAAGGAACAUUUAGUAAGAAUGUGGCUACGUUUAUCUCUGACCUUCAUUGAAAUAACUGACCACUGGUUGGUUAUUUUUAAGAAUCCAUAAAAAGUAUUUUUGGGGCUGCAAAAAGGGUCUUAACCUAAGGUUAACAAUGAUAGACUCAUCUUAACGCUGUUGAUGUUAUUUUCCUAACUGCAGACAUUCCUUAUUGCUACCAAAAGCAUGUUUUGUUUCACUACUGCUCACAGGUUUCUGCUUUCUAUCUACUGGCAAGCCAACCUUACCUAAAGUGCCAUAUGCUUCUUGAAAUACAUUCAAUCCCACAUCGUUUGUAUUCAAACAUCUGUUUUAAUGUAUAUAUCAGUUGGAGGAAUUGAACAAACCCUUGCAAAUGGCCAGAAACUUCCUUACACUUGUGCUUCAAAACAACACACUGGUCAAUUAAGCAAUCAAGUGGUGAAUUAAGUUACAAGACCCAUUUAGGACUGCACAUUUCUAAUCGGACAGCAACGGAUAUUUAAUGCCAAACCUUUCCCUUAUUACAACAAUCAUAAAGUUUUGAUUCCUAAUCCUUCAUUGUGGUACCUUUUUUAUUUUUUGUAAACUAAAGAAAGGUUGUCAACGGACCUGAACCACUCCAAAACAGAAUCCAAAUUGCGUGUCAUGAUGUCAUUCUUGUCCAACUUGAAUGGAUUUCAUGGAGUUUGAUUGCUAAACAUUGGCUUCAUAAAUAAUGAUACAAUUCCAUCAACAUGUAUUGGUCAGCCCUACUCUGAUGGUGAAUAUACAUGUUACACUCUAAAUGAAACUAGGUGAAUGUUGAAGGACAAUGCCCUGUUUAGUCCAGCUGCACCUUUCACAUGUGUUCUACUGAAGUCAGCUCACAUUAUCAGCUCCUGUUGGGCUUCAGAAGGUUGGGAAAUGUUCCAGGUUGUAACAGAAGUAGCCUCUGUAUUGAUUUCUGAUUCGCAUUUGACGUGUCACACAUUUGCUCUCUAGAUCUUAAAUUGCUGCUAGUUAUUUAUUGUGAUGGAAACAUGUAUGUUGCAAACUGUUGAUGUGCCAUGUUCAGAAGAUCUUCAGGACAAUUUGGAGUUACAUACGUCAUUGAAAUUUAAACAUGUUUUAUGUUUUUUAUUCAUUUACCAAGACCUUUAGAAGGGAAAUAGACUACUGUAUUUGGCCAUUGUCAUGACUGUAUAUUUCAGUUUGUGUACAAGCUCUAAACUUGUUUGCAUGAUAUAAAACACAUGUUGCCCCAAAUUCACACAAUGAAAGAGAGGACACGGUAUUGUUAAUGUGUAGAUAUAUGAUAAUGUUUGGAAUGUUAUUAUUUAUCUGCUGUUGUGAGGAAAAUACACAUUAUAAAAAAGAUUAACAAAAAGCAAUAGGUUUCCCAUGUGCGUCCUCAAAAUUUGGAUAGCUGAAGUAUUUUCUAAAGCAACAAUUUUACUACGUCAAAGUUUUAUUGAAACAGAAUAAAUAACAGCUUUUACGUGACAUGCUAAUGAGCCUUUUGCGUUUUUUUCGCUUUACGCUUACUGUUAAUAUUGUUCAUAAUUCUGUUUAUAAUGUGAUAACCACUGCGUAGCCAUACAAUUGAUCCAUUGCAUUAUGCAUCUGUCGAAAUACCUGUCGCAAAGGUAGUGCGGAUAGAUUGUGUUACUCGAGCCAAUCGCUACAUUUAUUUGAGGUUUAGGGAAGAGAUUUUGAUCAAGCUGAUAUAGAGCUUAAGGGCUCAUGGACAAUUUGGGAAUUAACUCACAAAGAAAAAAUCAGGAAAUGUGCUACCUCCUUGGCUGCAUUAUUUUGCACUCUAUUUUUUGCCUUUUCCCACAUGAGGAUUAUGAAGUGCAAAUAUACCAUACCACCAUGACUGAUGGUCAUUUGGAAGCCUGCUUGAGACUAGCUACCAGCAGCUACUUUCGGACUAUGUUAACCCUGGCAGACUCCAUUCAAUGCAAGUCAUCAGAGUAAUAAAUUGAUAUAUGUUUAGCAUUUUUUAAUGUAGGUCCAUUAUUUUGACCUGGUCAUUUUGAAAGUAGCCUAAAUACAAGCCGAAAAUGUGUUGGCACCACUGAUAUAGGCCUAUCAUAACCAUAAAAAUACGUCCGAAACGGGGCGUCCAUUAUUUUCAAACGUCCCUCCACUCUGACAAUUUCUGUUUCCAUGGUCAGAGUGGCGGUACUUUACUUUUUUCCAAACCUUCCGCCAUUCCGACAUGAGCUCAUUCAUAUAUAUUGCAUUAGCCUAAACUAUUAUCAUUGUACUUUAAUUAAUUAAUAUGAUUAUUUCUUAGUUUCAUGCGAUGUAGUGUCCUACACUGACAUUCGUCAUUGGUGAUUGAGACAGUCACGAUUUUGAGUUGCGUGUCCCGAGUCCCAGCAAAAGCCUGUCGGGAUGCUAAAAUGUCCUGGUUUCCACCAUCCACUAUGAAUGAGUCCCCUUUUGUGUCCCCAAUGUGUGAGGGCAUACGCAACAGGGAUAAUCGCACAAUGGAAUUCUGCACGAUUUAAUCUGCACACAGUGGAAAGCGGACGAGCGCUGGCAGGGGAUGUUCGCUCAUUUCAGAAGUGGGGAGAUUAGGCCUACAAGACAAAAAUUAAUUUAGAAUUUGCUGUGUGUCUGCCUGGCACUAAUGCUACCGUUGAACAGAUCUUUAUUCCAUCAUCAACAAUAGUUGGACUGACGAGAUGAACAGCAUGACCGUUCCCCAAGGGCGUCAGUUUGGUUUGAAAUGUGCUGGGGACAGAGACGCAUUCGGAAGUGCAUUUUUAGAAGUGCUGGGUACAAUGAGGAUGCACUCUUUUUUCUCUCUUUAUUGCCGGUAAUGAAAGGUUAUGAAAGACGGCAUAACCAUGUAGCUAAUUACUGAGGAAUAAAAUGUAUACAAAAUCUGUCUGGCCUGUUUUAUGAAGAAAACGUUUUCAAAAAGAAUCGGACACAUGACCCACUAUGUUCUGCUCCAUGUAUCCAAUGUUGACAACGUGACAUGAUAUGGCUAAGCUAACAACAUGAACAAGAGGAACUAGGA